AUGCCUUCUUCUUUGGAACAGUUAAAAGCCACAGGAACUGUCGUUGUGGCUGAUACCGGUGACUUUGAAUCAAUUGCAAAGUUCCAACCUCAAGAUGCUACUACCAAUCCAUCUUUAAUUUUGGCUGCCACUAAGCAGCCUCAGUAUGCUAAAUUGAUCGAUGUUGCUGUUGAAUAUGCUAAGAAGCAUGCAAAGACCCCCGAAGAACAGGCUACUGUUGCUCUUGACAGAUUGUUGGUUGAAUUCGGUACUAGGAUUUUGGCCAUUGUUCCUGGUAGAGUGUCUACUGAAGUUGAUGCAAGAUUGUCAUUCGAUAAAGAGGCCACUAUCAAAAAGGCUUUAUCUAUCAUUGCUCUUUACAAGUCUAUGGGAAUUGAUAAAAAAAGAGUCUUAAUUAAGAUUGCUUCCACAUGGGAAGGUAUUCAGGCUGCUCAAGAAUUGGAGUCCAAGUAUGGAGUUCACUGUAACUUGACAUUACUUUUCUCCUAUGUUCAAGCAGUCGCUUGCGCUGAAGCUGGUGUCACUCUUAUCUCUCCGUUUGUUGGAAGAAUUAUGGACUGGUACAAAGCCAAGACUGGUGAGACAUAUGAUUCUACUUCAGAUCCUGGUGUUCAAUCUGUCAGAGAAAUCUUCAACUACUACAAGAAAUACGACUAUAAGACCAUAGUUAUGGGUGCUUCUUUCAGGAACACGGGCGAAAUUGAGGCACUUGCAGGUGUCGAUUUCUUAACCAUCUCUCCAAAGUUGUUGGAACAGCUUUCUGACUCUUCUAAGGCAGUUCCAAAGCUAUUGGAUUCUAAAAAGGCCAAGUCUUUGGAAAUUCCAAGGGAUUCCUUCAUUAACGAUGAGCCUAAGUUCAGAUUCUUGUUUAACGAAGAUGCUAUGGCCACCGAGAAGUUGUCCGAAGGUAUUAGAAAAUUCUCCGCCGAUUGUGCUACUUUGUACAACAAGUUGCUUGAUAAGGUUUCCGCUUAA